AAGCCGUCGUGCCUCGAAUGGCGGGUGUGCCACGCGCCAGGAAGCGCGGCCCGUGUCCCCUGUGUCUGUGCCCCGCCCCGCCCGGCGGCGGCCGCGAUGGACCGGGACGUGUCAUGGGUUGCCCAGAUGCAGGAGGAGUCGGCGCCUGGGUGCCAGGACGAGCACGUCCGUCACCGCGCGGAUACAAUCUAUCGAGGGGGGGACGGCGGAUUUGCUACUCAUGGCCGGUCGAAUUAUCUCCAUGCAAACAGGGUUCGCUAUGCUGGAGUCGGCCUUCGCUCGGCCCAUGAAUUCGGCCAACAUUAUGAUGAAGAAUCUCUUCGAUUUAUUCUUGGGGGCACUCGCAUUUUAUUGUUUCGGCUACGAGGUAGCCUUCGGGGAGCAGUCCCAACUUGUUGGAGACAGCCAGUUUGAUUUUGCGUUGUGGUUUAUUCAUUUUUCCUACGCAACGACCGCUGCAACAAUCACCAGCGGGGCUCUGUCAGGCCGGGUUGCCUUCAUGCCGUAUUUGUUAUUGUCCAUCGUGACAACGGGCAUCAUUUACCCGGUGGUCGUUCGGUGGACGUGGGGUGGAGGUUGGCUAGGUGAGUGGGGCUUCGUUGACUUUGCGGGUUCUGCUGUUGUGCACAUGGUGGGUGCAGUCAGCGCCUUGGUUGCUGUUUGCAAAUGUGGCCCCCGAAUCGGGAAGUAUCCGCAGUAUCGGCCUUGGAAAGGACUUUCGCGUAAGGUGUGGGUCGAGCACAACAAGCCAGAUUAUUAUGAGAUGCCAAUGGUAAGUGCCGAGCGAGCCAUUUAUUCCCGAAUCAAAAUGGUAAACAACCCAACGCAGCUCCUUUUCGGCAUUUUCCUUCUAAUUACUGGCUUCCUCGCGUUCAAUCCCGCGUCCACUUUCUCCACCACCGCCAGCUCUGAUUUGGUGGCCGCGAAGAGCACAGUAGUUACACUUCUCAGUGCCUCUGGAGGAUCACUGGCAUGUUUCGCGGCUUCCUUAGUCCGCACGCGCACACUGAUCGUAAGCGUACCAGACCUGACGACUGCAGUGCUAGGCAGCAUGGUGGCAAGCUGCGCGUGCUGCGACGUCGUGUCGCCGCUGGUUGGGGUCGGAGUGGGUUUUGUGGCUGCAUGUCUGGCUCUUUGGUGCCAGUGGUGGCUCAACGAGCACCAGAUCGACGACGUUGUGGGCGCGGUGGCUGCCCAUGGCCCGCCGGGUAUCUGGGGAGUGGUCAGCGUUUCGCUGUGGGCGCAGCCAGGCUGCCACAGCUCGUUGCGCGGCUUGGCUUUCGGUGGUGGAACGCAGGCUUUGAAGCAUCUGGGCAUACAGGUCACGGGCAUCGUGGCGCUCAUCGGGUUUGUGGCAGUUGCCACCUACUUGACCGUGGUCAGUAUCGACGUGAUGAUCGGCUUCCGCAGCAGCCGUGCGUCCGAGCUCAUCGGGCUCGACUUCAUGGAGCACCGCUUCGACGAUGGCAGCUUUGGCACAGACCCAAACAAGGUCACGGUGAUCUCCGAGUCGGCAAUGCGAGAUUGUCUGGCACGGCGCGUGGUCCGAAAUCUGUCCCCCAUGAAGAGCUACAUAACCUACCAUUCCCCGUCAAAGCAUAACCAUUCACCAUCAAAAACACACGAGCACAACCAUGCCACAUCAAAGGCUUCCGAGCAUGGCCAGUCGGCGGACAAGAUUCCGCCGAAGGCUCCCGCCGCUGAGCCAGUGGCAGACCAUACGCUCGAGAGGAUCCCCGACGAACCUGGAACUGGUCAGCCGAGCGUGGCUCCCGCUGCCGGCGCUCGCAGCAGCACGUCAGAGGUGCUGGACAGCAGUAAUCUAGCUUCUGAGGAGGCGCUGGCGCACGAAGUCGCCGCUCUGCGGGCCACCGUGGCAGCUCUCGGGGAGCAGUUGAGCAUCUUGAGAGCAGCUGCUGGCGCUGCUCCUAGGCGUCCGAGCGAGUCAGGCGCUUUUGGUGGUGUUGGCGAGUUCGCCGAAAUGAGCCGUAUGGCCUCAUUACGCGAUAUGUUUGCCGAGGCAAGCAGCCAGAGGUGAGCCCAACCCUAUCUUUUGGUUCUCUUUCGCCUCGCACGGCUGCUUUCCCUUCACAGCUGAGUCGCAGCAUAAUGUUCUCUGACGAGACAGACAGAAGAGGACAGAUACAGAAGAGACGGGGUGGUUUAAGAUGAUAGUGGCUUCAGGACGGCAGACGCGCGCACUGGUCUCAGGCGUAGCUGGUCCAAGUGAGACGCGUAAUGGGUACGUUGUGGUUCUGUGUGGCUGGAGCCAGGGUUCGGAGUUUCGAUGUAUGUCUGUGUAAUGCUCGAUGUGUUUUUCGAGCAGAUUCCAGCAUCCGCAUGUGAUCUGUACUGCCAUCUCAGCCGUCAGGAGCCAAACAUGGUUGACGUUUCGGCAGCCCGCUGUCUAUAAUUGAAUUCAUGGUGUGUCGAGCACACCGAGGUGUGUGGAGCACACCUUCGCUGGUGCGGCGUGCGAGGGUUCACACAUCCGCAUGCGUCUGUACAGGCAGUUCACCUAAGAAGGCUGCCCACUUGCGAUUUCUUCAGAGUUUGUCUUCUCUUCUCUCUUCCUCCUCUGAGCCCCUCGCUUUGCCAGUGCGUGCGGCUUUUGGACGCAUGUGUCAGAUCACCGUGUUUCUGCACAUGUGCCACUGCGAUGUCGACCAGAGCUUCGCCCCGGCUCCGCGGUUUUUGUCCUGGUGUAAUGUCAGGGCUGAUAAUGACCGACUUUCGACAAAUGCUGGCAAUCUGAGCUGCCCAUGGAUGCAGCCGGUCGAAGCGCAUGGUGGUUCGAGCUGAAAAUGGCGCCAGCGGUC